CAGGAUCACAAACACGGUGUGCGGUUGCAGAACCGCGGCCUCCCGCUGGUCCGGCUCGGUUCCGCUCAGGUUCUGCCGGACUCCGUCUGAGCUCGAAGUUGACAUUUCUGCUGAGAGGCGAGAAAAGAAGCGGAACGUGUCCCAGGAGUCACCGCGGUACCGAGGGUGGCGCGCGGGGGAGGAGGAUGAAAUCUGGGGAAGAUAAAAGGGCUGAGAGGAGGAGGAGGAAGCCGGAGUACCCGGAGAGAACCCACACAUGCACAGGGAGAACAUGGAAACUCCAUGCAGAAAGACCCCAGGCUGGGAUGUGAACCCAGGACCUUCUUGCUGCAAGGCAACAGCGCUAAUCUCUGCACCACUGUGCAACAUCUGAACAUGACAAGUCCUGGAGCUCAAACAUGGCGUAUAUCUGUUAACCGGUUCAGAUGGCGUCAGACGGCUGAUUCGAUCCAGAGCCAGGAUCUAGAUGCAGACUGAAGGGAUUUUCAGGUUCCUCCGGCUAAACAUCAGGAACCUGGAGGAUGUUCUGUGUAUAAAGAACCUGGGAGCAGGUCGCUAACCUGGUUCUGAGGCAUUGUCAGCUGGACUCUAUCCAAGAUGGACCAGAACCACUACGGACAGGUCAGAUGGACUGUGCUGGUGCCCAAAGGAGCAUCCCGACUAGUAUCAGCAGCACCAAGCCCAAACUUUUGGACCUGAGCUGGUGCAGGCUUGGAUCAGAACCUUCAUCCAUGCCUGCAUCCAAGGAUGAAAACUUGAAUCAUAUCAUUCUGAAGUCUGAACCAGAACCAGAGGUCCAUUCCGAGUCAGACUCAGGGAAACCAAAGAAAGAAAAGAAAAAACGGGCUUCCCAUGUUUCUGAUUUGGGUUUGAAUGUGAGAGCAGGAAGUAACCUGCAUCCUGGCAUCGAUGAUAACACUUUCCCUCAGAAAGCUACGUUAACCCUCCAGGGAGACAAACAGGUUAUUAAACAUCUCAGAGUCUCCGCGUGGCCUCCACGUGGUCACAUGACCAGUGGGCCACUGGACAAUAAGUUAUAUUUACAUGAACAUGUUUUUAUCUUGUUCUAGUUUCAACUUGCAACAAGCAAACAUGAACACAAGCCAGACUCACAAACACAAACAACCAACAGGAAGUCUUUUCAGUUUGUCAAAGCUUCAGAAGAACAACAGGAAGAAUAUUCAGAACGUUUCCUGUCAAACACUUUCUGGAAAAGGUGCAAAGUCACAGCAAGAAAUACGGAACCAUGGAGAGACCAUAAGAGACGUCAGUUCAGUCCAAAUCGGCUCGGUCUAACUGCUGAAAAAUCAAAUCUGGUCGAGUUAUUGUUAAAACCUCAUUUGUUAAAAAAAUGCCACAAAAAAGCAUCAUCAUCAUUAUUGUCUUCAUUAUAAUCCUCACCACCAUCAUCAUCACCACCGUAAUAAUAAUCAUCUCCAUCAUUAUCUCCACCAUCAUCAACACCAUCAUCAUCAUUAUUGUCUUCAUUAUAAUCCUCACCAUCAUCAUCAUCAUCACCAUAAUAAUAAUCAUCAUCAUCAACACCAUCAUUAUCUCCACCAUCAUCAUCAUCAUUAUUGUCUUCAUUAUAAUCCUCACCAUCAUCAUCAUCAUCAUCACCACCGUAAUAAUAAUCAUCUCCAUCAUUAUCUCCACCAUCAUCAACACCAUCAUCAUCAUCAUCAUAAUCAUCAUCAUCACCACCAUCAUCUCCACCAUCAUCAUCACCACCAUCAUCAUCAUCAUAAUCAUCAUCAUCAUCAUCAUCAUCAUCAUCACCACCACCAUCAUCAUCACCACCAUCAUCUCCACCACCAUCAUCACCACCAUCAUCAUCAUCAUCAUCAUUAUCUCCACCAUCAUCAUCAACACCAUCAUUAUCUCCACCAUCAUCAACACCAUCAUCAUCAUAAUCAUCAUCAUCAUCAUCAUCACCACCAUCAUUAUCUCCACCAUCAUCAACACCAUCAUCAUCAUAAUCAUCAUCAUCAUCAUCACCACCAUCAUUAUCUCCACCAUCAUCAUCAACACCAUCAUCAUCAUCAUAAUCAUCAUCAUCAUCAUCAUCACCACCAUCAUUAUCUCCACCAUCAUCAUCAACACCAUCAUCAUCACCACCAUCAUUAUCUCCACCAUCAUCACCAACACCAUCAUCAUCACCACCAUCAUUAUCUCCACCAUCAUCAUCAACACCACCAUCAUCAUCUCCAUCAUUAUCUCCACCAUCAUCAACACCAUCAUCAUCAUCAUAAUCAUCAUCAUCAUCAUCAUCACCACCAUCAUUAUCUCCACCAUCAUCAUCAACACCAUCAUCAUCACCACCAUCAUUAUCUCCACCAUCAUCAUCAACACCAUCAUCAUCAUCAUAAUCAUCAUCAUCAUCAUCACCACCAUCAUUAUCUCCACCAUCAUCAUCAACACCAUCAUCAUCAUCAUAAUCAUCAUCAUCAUCAUCACCACCAUCAUUAUCUCCACCAUCAUCAUCAACACCAUCAUCAUCACCACCAUCAUUAUGGUCUUCAUUAUAAUCCUCACCAUCAUCAUCAUCAUCAUCAUCGCCACCGUAAUAAUAAUCAUCUCCAUCAUUAUCUCCACCAUCAUCAACACCAUCAUCAUCAUCAUAAUCAUCAUCAACAUAAUCAUCAUCAUCACCACCAUCAUUAUCUCCACCAUCAUCAUCAACACCAUCAUCAUCAUCAUAAUCAUCAUCAUCAUCAUCACCACCGUAAUAAUAAUCAUCUCCAUCAUUAUCUCCAUCAUCAUCAACACCAUCAUCAUCAUCAUAAUCAUCAUCAACAUAAUCAUCAUCAUCACCACCGUAAUAAUAAUCAUCUCCAUCAUUAUCUCCAUCAUCAUCAACACCAUCAUCAUCAUCAUAAUCACCAUCAUCAUCAUCAUCAUCAUCGCCACCGUAAUAAUAAUCAUCUCCAUCAUUAUCUCCAUCAUCAUCAACACCAUCAUCAUCAUCAUAAUCAUCAUCAACAUAAUCAUCAUCAUCACCACCAUCAUUAUCUCCACCAUCAUCAUCAACACCAUCAUCAUCAUCAUAAUCAUCAUCAUCAUCAUCACCACCAUCAUUAUCUCCACCAUCAUCAUCAUAAUCAUCAUCAUCAUCAUCACCACCAUCAUUAUCUCCACCAUCAUCAUCAACACCAUCAUCAUCACCACCAUCAUUAUGGUCUUCAUUAUAAUCCUCACCAUCAUCAUCAUCAUCAUCGCCACCGUAAUAAUAAUCAUCUCCAUCAUUAUCUCCAUCAUCAUCAACACCAUCAUCAUCAUCAUAAUCAUCAUCAACAUAAUCAUCAUCAUCACCACCAUCAUUAUCUCCACCAUCAUCAUCAACACCAUCAUCAUCAUCAUAAUCCUCAUCAUCAUCAUCACCAUCAUUAUCUCCACCAUCAUCAACAACACCAUCAUCAUCACCACCAUCAUUAUCUCCACCAUCAUCAUCAACACCAUCAUCAUCACCACCAUCAUUAUCUCCACCAUCAUCAUCAACACCAUCAUCAUCAUCAUAAUCAUCAUCAUCACCAUAAUCAUCAUCACCAUCGCCAUAAUCAUAAUCAUCAUCAUCUCCAUCAUCAUCGCCACCACCAUAAUCAUCAUCACCAUCACCACCAUCAUCAUCAUCACCAUCGUCAACACCAUCAUUAUCUCCACCAUCAUCAUCGCCACCACCAUCAUCACCAUCGUCAACACCAUCAUUAUCUCCACCAUCAUUAUCAUCAUUGCAUCGAUAUUCCUGAUCUAAUGGGGACUUCCACCAGGGUAGGUAGACCGGCAAAUGGCGUCGAAUGUGUUUAUGAACCUCCUAACCAAAGCUUAAAGCGAAGACAUCCCCUUCAGUUCCCGUCAGAACUAAUCACUUCUUCAGAUUUGCUGGUUCUAAUUAACAUCACACGUCAUCCAAUCACCACCUCAUCCACCUUAGUUACACCAUACAUUUGGUUUAAAGUCAGUCUAGUUUAAUUUGUUAGUAAUAAAAUUCUUAACUUUUAAACUUGACUCUCUUCUGUUGUCUCUGAGUGAAAACGGAGCGGUUAUCUAAUCCCUGCAAUAAAAAGAUCCAACCUUCUGGUUUAAAAUAACCCACAGAUCCGUAAGGUGGACUUCAUAUUUCCUGUGGAAUCCUACGCCUUAUGGCUCAUUAAGUAACACGUAAUCUAAUUCAUUACAUCAUCAACACAAUCAUCAUCAUCAUCAUCACCAUCAUUAUCUCCAUCGUCACAAUCAUCAUCAUCACCAUCUUCACCAUCAUCAUCAUCACCAUCAUCAUCACCACCAUCAUUAUCAACACCAUCAUCAUCACCAUCAUCAUCACCACCAUCAUUAUCAACACCAUCAUCAUCAUCAUCAUCAUCACCACAAUCAUCAUCACCAUCAUUAUCUCCACCAUAAUAAUAAUCAUCAUCAUUAUCUCCAUCAUCACCAUCAUCACCAUCAUUAUCUCCAUC